CUCAGCGUCCUCGCCCUCUCCAUAGCAACCACUUUUUCAAAACAAAGUCUUCACCUAGGCACAAGACAUAAAUUGCGCAAAGCCCUCCGAAUUUAAUGAAUGCCUCUUACACAGGGGGCUAAGAAAACAGAUAAACGUUUUGCCACACAAACAGGUAGGAUCGCAGUGAAGAAGCAAAAGCAAUUGCUUUGAAGCAUAGUUUAUUGUCCAUUCAUCAUGGUUCACCUGAAUAUGGAUCUGAUUGCCAAAUCCAGUUCUUGUUCAAAAAACAAAGGAAACUGUUCCCUUGCUCAGUAUCUCAAGAAACUCACUCAUCUCAAUUUUUCCAAUAAGAACAUUGAAGAAAUCGACGACAUUUCUGCGUGCAAAAACCUCAGCGUCAUUUACCUUUACGACAACCAUAUAAAGCGGAUAUGCAACCUGAACUUCGCCUACAACCUCACGCACCUCUACAUGCAGAACAACAACAUCACUCACAUAGAGAACCUUGGAGCUGUCUGCAGACUUUCUAAAUUGUACCUGGGGGGCAACAGCAUCAUGGUGGUGGAGGGUCUGGAGCAGCUGAGGGAGCUGAAGGAGCUGCACCUGGAGGGCCAGAGACUCCCCAGCGGAGAGAAGCUGCUCUUCGACCCCCGGACCCUCCUCUCCCUCUCGGAAUCAUUAAAUGUAUUAAACAUCAGCAACAACAAUAUUGAUGAAAUUAGGGACCUGGUAGUUCUCAGGAAUCUCACACGUUUUUUAGCUGCUAAUAACCAGCUUCAAGAUGUACAGGAAUUAGAGGCGGUUUGCAGCCAGUGGCCACAGCUGUGUCGAAUGGAUUUGAGUGGAAAUCCUGCUUGUCACCAGCCCAAAUACAGGGACAGACUAAUAACUGUGUGUAAGAGCCUCGUGGACCUCGAUGGAAAAGAAAUUAACGAGUUAUCGAGACAGUUUUUAAUAAACUGGAAAGCAUCAAAAGAUGCAAGAAAGAAAAUUCUGGAUGAACGGCUUAUGGCUGCACAGAUGACUCACCCAUUUCCUGAGGCCCCCACAGUGUUGACGCUCAGCCGUGAAAGUCAGGACAGAGCAUGUGCAAACAGAUGGAGAGAGGAUGAGGUACAAAUAGAUGCCAUGUUAGGUUCUUGCAUGUUAUCAGAUAUUUCACCAAUAAUAUUUGUUCAUAUGUGCUCAAUGUGAAUGUGUUUCGUUCAUCAAGGACCCAGCCCACAUGCAUGAGAAUAGUGUGAAAAACAGCAUUUAAUUCUGUGAAUAAUAUUUAAGAUUUUAAAUGAGUUGCAGAUUAACAUGCUUUUAGCCUAUUUUUUAAUAUUUUAUUGUGUGGAAAUUUCUUGGAUUUUCACCAAAAUCGUGAUUCAUCUCUUUCAAUCAGAAGAGAAUGAGAGCACAAUCCAUAUCUCAAUUUGAAAAUUCAAAAGAAAAGUGGUAGUUAAUUUGGUGUAAGUGAUUUUAACAUAAACACGUUUCACUUAACUGCUUGCUUCCUUCCCUUUAGCAUGUCUGAUGAAUGGCCUGUUAUUUGUCAAAUGCUUCAUCUCAGAACAUUUUUUCUAUCCCAUACAAAUAAACAACUUCUCUUGCAGUCGUGGGCCUGGAGUCUGCCGUAGCAGCCUUCACUGAUAGGACUUUAAGCUUUCAUCCGUGUGCUUCAAUGAAAUUCUGCGGAAGUCAUUUUUUCACCAUUUUAUACACACACACACACACACACACACACACACUCUGAGCAUGAGUAUACUGAAUAUAUGUUCAGUAUAGUGUAUAAAUUUCUUGCUCUGUCCCAUUGUUCCUUUAUCUUGGGAUUUCUUGUUAUCAUACUAAUACUCUGAAAUCCAUUUAAGAAAAAGCACUGGUGCAAACAUUAGCAACAUGACAUCCAGGGUUUGGUCUUAUGAUUCUAAAGAGCAUCAGGGGAGGCAUUCACUCCCACUGUUGUGAUGUAAUGAGUUCAAAAAACAUUUUUCUUAUAGUUUGACACUAUAUCAUAAGAUUGGCAGCACUGAAAAGAACACGUACGUUAUAUAAAGGCAGAAAAAAUAAUUAUCUUAAAUUUGUCAAUUACAUAAAAGCACUGAGAUUGAAUGCCUGUCACCCCAUGGUCUCACAGCAGCAUGCACAUUGAUCGUAGAAGAAUGCCAUAAAGAAGAUAAGUUUUGGAAAGUCUGUGACUUGCAUGUACAUAAUGUUUGUAUGCCUUUAAAUGAAGAAAGUGGGAUGAUGUCAUAUGUUUAAUGUAAAACUGUGUGGUUUCUCUGAUGCAUUCUACAGCACCAACCCAAGUGUAAUACUGUAAGUAUCGGUCAUUCUCCCAAAUAACUGGGAAAAAAACAACAACUGGGACAUCCCUGGGUAGUUUCAGUUCAGUCUGAACAGUGCUAAUGUAAUGAAACGGCAGUCCUUUCCCAUACACUGUCAGCACAGUUGGGCAGCUAUUUAUUUUCUUAAGAAACUGACUACAUUUUUUAAAGAUGUGUCAGAAAACUUGCAAUAAAGUCUUGACUAAGCCCAUUGAGAGAAAAAAUACACAAAUUGAUUGCCUAUGCAAGGUGUUCAUAAAUAAAAUAGGCCCUGUUUAAGCUGCCAUCAAGUUCUUAAUGUACAAAUAUGUUACAGACUUAAAAAAAAAAACUAUAUUCUGUUAAAAUAGUUAUUGAAUUAUAUGUAUGGGUUUAUAAAAUUCAGUUAUUGUUUCAGAAAAGAAAAUCAGCUAACAUGAAUACAUGUGACGCUGCACAAUUUGUGUGGAUUUGUAAUUUGCUUUUCAGUCUUUUGACGACUUAUUUACAUUGGUGAAAUUCUGGUCAUAAUGACCCCUGCAAUGUAGGACAAUGACUGUGACCUCGAAAGGUAGACUAUUAGCAACUGGGCAAAUUUCUUUAAACUGACCAGUGUUAAUGCAUAGGAAACCAUCAGAAAUUUUAGGUUGUUGAAUGAUAUUAAUUGCAUAUUCAAAAUUGUGCUUGGAUGUAGUCCAGUGAAAAUAUACAGCUUAUGUUUUGUUUUUCUUUCAAUGAAACUGCAAAGGACACUCGCCAAAUGACAGCAUGGUCCUGCAAUAUUAUACGAGCACGUUAAUACAGAAGAAAAUCUAAUUCCUUUUUCCACGAAUCGUGUCGUGCAUUUCCGUCAUUCGUUGUUCUGUAGCCUAGACAUAAAAUAGAAAAAAAAAAACGUUAUAUUCUACAUCGGAUUUUGCAGUGGGAGAAAUCUUUACUGUUGACUAAUUCAGAUGCCUGCUUUACUCUACAGAUAGCGGGAUGCGAAGUUUUCUGUGAGUACAACGAUAAUAAUGGAGACGGCUGUCUUCAAAAAUCCUGGGCCUCUGAACUCUGUGAGAGCUGUCAGCAGUCCCUGCACGCUACUCACCACGCAGACUGAUCGUGCACACACACCCUGCACGUGUCCAUGGUGCACACAUCACUGAGGACAAUAUGUAUCCUGUCAUUGACAUCGUUAUUUCAAUUUCGUUCUCGUGGAAGAAAAGUAUGUUGAAACGUAUUUACAAUAAAGGUGAAAUACGUCCCAGACACUCAAGUUGUUGCUUUGAAUAUCUGUUUUAUUAAAAUACUGUUAUAUGCAGUCAUGCCAGACACGCAUUCAUUGCAAAAACUACGGGUUGCUAUUUCUUUCCAAAAGGUUUUUUGGGUGUGAAAAUGCGCCUGUAUGUAAGCUUAUACCGUUUUUCAUUGUGCGGGACUGAGCUGUUGUGUAUACUGUUGUCAAAUAAUGAUCCGCAAUUGUGGCAAGAUAAUAAAUAAGUAAAUCUCUAAAACGGUUUUAUUUAUUUAUUAUUUUAAUUUAAAUGUUGCAUAUAUUUUGCCAUGGCAGCUGAAAUGUGAAUCAAAAGAAAAUGUCCUUUUGUUGUAACCCGGUUUUGUUGUUGGCAUUUUGAACCUGCAGAACUCUGAAUUUCCCAUUUUUUGAAAUAGCUUCUGAUGAUAAAAUGUGUUUUAUUAGCCCAAAGGCUAACAUUCCAUAAGCUUUAUGAAACAUUUAUGAAUCAUUCUUUCAUUGAUAUAUGUUUUAAAUAAUGUUUAAUGUUUUGUUCUGGUCAGAUAUUAUGACUUUGGCGUGACAUGAAUUAGAAAUGUGUAAUGUUAGUGAAAGAUAAUUUAACAAAGAAAUAUAGACAAUUACAUUUCCGAUGGUAGCCUAAUUUAAUUAUAAAACAACAUUGCUUUUUGAAUUCCGGAAUUAAUCUAAAUUUGGAGAAAAAUUGCAUGCCGUUGUGUUUCAUUGUUAUAGAGCAUGUAUAAUACGUCAUGAUAUGGUUGUAUGAUGUACAUUUGGUUGUUCAUCUUGUAGGUACAGUGAGUGGCACAGUUCCUAAACCAGCUCAAAUAAUGUGAAAAUAAUACACAUUGAGAGACAAGUGAAACUGAAAUAGGUUAUUGUAUUAUUGCAGACCUUUAAUUCCCUGCGCACCUUUGAAGGGGUCUUUUAAAACCACAGGAGUGUAUAGCCCCUGAAAGAUGUAGAGUAAUUAGGGAAAGAAGCUUACUUAACCUUUUUUGCUUUUCUUCAUAAUUAGUAGCCUGGAGCAAUACUGUUACUUCAUCCUAACAAAAACAAUGUUUAUUAAGAACAGUCUGAGAUAUACAUGUUAUGAAUAAUUCCAUUCAUUAAUUUG